AUGGCGUCAGUUGCAGUGGGACCGCUGGUGGACGGCCGCUGCACUUGUGCUGCCAACUUCGGCGUCUUCAUCGAUGAGAGCCCUGUUUGGGCGCUGGGGCGGGCGCCGGCGGGCGCGUGGGCGGUGAGCGGCGCGUGCCGGCGCGCGCGGGCGUCGCUGGGGCUGGCGCGGCGGCAGGCGCGGCUGUGCCGGUCGGCGGACGGCGAGGCGAUGCCGCACGUGGCGCGCGCCGCCGCGCUCGCGGCCGCCACCUGCCAGGCGCUGUUCGCCGACCGCCGCUGGAACUGCUCCUCCGUCAACAGCGCGCCCGCCUUCUCCAGGGACCUCACCACAGGUACGCGGGAGCAGGCGUACGUAUACGCGCUGUCGUCGGCAGCGGUGGCGCACGCGGUGGCUCGCGCAUGCGCUGCGGGCACCCUGCGCCAGUGCGGCUGCGCGCUGCCGCCUCGAGACCCGCCCAACGGCAACUUCAAGUGGGGCGGCUGCGGCGACAACCUCAAGUGGGGGCUCAGCUUCGCGCGCCGCUUCACCGACCCGCCGGAGAGGCGCAGCGCCAAGGAGAAACCAAAGAGCCGCAGCACCGUCGCACCUGCGCCAGCGAGUGGCGGCAGCGGUGGCAGCGGCCGGCUGCGGGGGCGGGUCCGGAGGCAGCUGGCCGCCGUCAACCUGCACAACAACCGUGCGGGCCGGCUGGCGGUGGAGGCGAGCGUGCAGACGCAGUGCAAGUGCCACGGCGUGUCGGGCUCGUGCAACAUCAAGACGUGCUGGCGCGCGCUGCCGCCGCUGGCGGACGUGGGGGAGCGCCUGAAGCGGCGCUUCGCCGUCGCCGCCGAGGUGGUGAGCCGGCGCGUGGGCGCGGGCCGCCGCCUCCUGCCCGCCCCCGCGCCCCAGGCCGCCCCCGCCGCCGCCGCGCGCGCCCCCUUCUCGCACCACGACCUCAUCUACGUCACCAAGUCGCCCGACUACUGCCAGCGGGACCCCAGGGUCGGCAGCGUCGGCACCAAGCACAGGAUCUGCAACACAACAUCCCAUGGCUAUGAUAGUUGCAACGAGAUGUGCUGUGGUCGUGGUCACUACACCGUCACUGUGGAGAGGGUGGAACGCUGUCACUGCAAGUAUUACUGGUGCUGCUAUGUCAAGUGCAAGACGUGUCGGUACUGGGAGGAAGUUCACAGGUGCAACUGACAACUGUGAUUGUGUGUAUUGGCAUGUACCUUUUAUUUGAAACUGUGUGAUGACUUCAUGGCAGUCACAAUUUUGAAGCAUGUCCUUCAGUAUUGACGUAUAAUGAACACUUAGGAGAAAUUUAUCACGAGUGAAUUUGAUGAUAAGAGCUCUAUUUGAGACUGCAUUGAAAGGAUGUGGCUAAACUGAUUCCAUUUGUAGUCACGUCCAGUAAAUGCUCUUGGCAACUGGACCAAAAUAAACACGAUAUAAUACAAAAUAUGAUUGUCUAAGCAAAAGGCAAUAAAACUACGCUGACUGCCUAGCACUGUCUUAACAUGUAAUAUUUUUACUACUUGUAAUAUUCACAAAUUGUGCACCAAACAGAUUAGGAGCUGACUUGUGGAAAUGAUAGUCUACAAAAAUGUUCUGGAUGGAGUUACAUUUCUGUUUAAUCUACUGUUACAUUCAGAUAUGAUUUCAGUAACCACUAUUAAUCCUGUUUUGCAGUUAACUGUACUACAAUAUGAAUUUAAUGUGGCCUUGCUUGAUGGGAACAAGACUUGUGCAGCCUGUGAUAUUCUGAUUCAGCUUUCAGCAGUAAAUCAUUCUGUACAUUUUAUAUAUUUUUUAAUAA